AUGAAGAGAAUGUGUAAAAAUGUUAACUGUGUGAAAACAGAAAUAUUAACUUGGGGAGAACCUUUCUUUGACAGAAAACAGGAUAUAAUUGUUUGUAUUACCGGUAAUCCCGGUAUUACAGAUUUUUACAUAGAUUUUGCUUCAGAAUUGUACAAAGCUGAACAAAUGCCGAUAUGCGUAAUUGGCCAUGCUGGUCACGAUGGUAAUUUUAAUGAUAAAUCACAUGGAUUGGUUAACAAUGAGCAUUUAUUUAGUUUAGAUGCGCAAAUUAAACAUAAAUUGGACUUUUUAGAAAAUCAUGUACAUCCAAACAGUAAAAUACAUCUUAUUGGCCAUUCCAUUGGUGCCUGGAUAAUUGUUGAAUUAUUACACAAGUACGAUCAGUUAAAAGAUAGAGUGUUAACUAUCAAUUUAUUAUUUCCUACUUUGCAAAGAAUGGCUGAAUCUAAAAAUGGUAAAUUUGUUAAUAAUUUCUACAGAAAUAUGCAUUGGUUUAUAUUAUUUUUAAGUAAUUUUUUAUAUUUAUUUCCAACAUUUGUAAUCAUGUUGAUCAUUAAUUUAUGUUUAGCUGUUAGAUCUUUGCCAAAUAACUAUUGUGAUGCAAUUUUAAAAAUGAUCAAUCCUUUUAUUCUUGAAAAAAUUUUAAUUAUGGGAUAUGAUGAAAUGGAUAUAGUUAAAGAACUUAACAGAGACGGUAUUGAUAAGAUUAAACAUUUGACUCAUGUCAUUUAUGGAAUAAGGGAUAACUGGGCACCAUUAGAUUACAUGGAUGAUUUGAAAAAAUAUGAACCCUACAUCAAAAUGACUAAGGCCCAUGAUGUUGAGCAUGCUUUUGUUUUAAAAUCAUCUGAGCAAGUCGCCGAUAUGGUAGCUAAGUUUAUAAAAUCAAAAGUGAAAGGUUAGCCACAUUUUUUCUAAAUAGGCUUUAGAAAAUAAGUUUAGAUAGGUGUACUUAAAUUUAUUAAAAUCAUUAUAAUACAUUGUUGUUGAUUUAUGUUAAUAUCAACAGUAAUAAAGACCAUUUGUGAUAAUAGCACCUUUACAUAGUAUUACUUCACUUUUUAUAUAUAUAGUUGCAAUCAACACAGAUGGUACACUUAAUUUAACUGACAAAUACUUUUAUUAUUACACCAUUGUUGAUGUUAAAAUUCACAAAUGUUAGUUUAAUAUAUAGUUUAGGUAAAUACGGGUAUUAGGAUAUUUAUUGAUUGAAUUCACAUUAGAAAUGUUUGAGAAUGAAGAACAUGGCUGGAAAAAUUGAUAAAUAUUGAAAAUCAUGUUAAAUAGUUAUUAUCAUUAUUAUGAACUUUGACUUAUGAAAAGCAGAAUAUCUUGAUAUAUUUAUAAAUUACGCAUCACAUUGCUUAUCCGCAAUGGAUUCCUAAACUACUUAACCGAUUUUAAUCAAAUUUGCACACUGUGUGCAGUUUGAUCCAACUUGA